AUGCUAGGUGAGCAAUUGAAUAGUGUUGAAUCUCGUAACCUUUUGUCAACUAUUGACAAGAUGCGCAAACUCUUACAUGACGAGAAAGUGAAUCUACCGGAAAUUGUGGUUGUUGGUGAUCAAUCUGUGGGUAAAUCAUCCGUAUUAGAAGCUAUAUCUGGUAUUCAAUUACCUCGGGCCCAGAACAUUUGCACUCGUUGUCCACUAGAAUUACGGAUGAAAACAGCUCAAGAUGAGGAAUAUGCAACAAUACGUAGUAGUGUUGGUUCUGUGACAGAAAAGAAUAUCGAUGAUUUAACAAAGAUUGCUGAUGAAGUGACUCGAUUGACAUCAGAAAUCGCCGGUACAGGAUUAAAUGUGAGUCCAAAUCCGAUCUAUUUAACAGUGUACAAGCGAGAUAUUUUGUACGAUUUGACCCUUAUUGAUCUUCCGGGUAUUACUCGGAAUGCAUUGCCUGGCCAAGCAGAAAAUAUUCAUCAACAAAUUCUGGAUUUAAUUAACAAAUACAUUAAACCACCAACUGCAGGCAUUUCAGAAAAAUUACAAGGUCGUGGAUCUGGUUCAAUGGAUCUACAAUUAGGCUGUAUCGCUGUCCUGAAUCGAAAUCAAGACGAAAUCGAUCGGAAUAUUUCAUUCAGUGAAAUGAAACAGCGUGAAAAGCAAUUUUUUAUCACUCAUAAAGAAGCAUUUGAACCUUUACCUGAUGAAUUUAAAGGCAGUGAACAAUUGGUUCGACGUCUAGCGACUAUUCAACAAGAGCGUAUUCGCUCUACAUUUCCAGAUAUCAUUAAAAAAUUAAAAAACCAACUAGCGAAGAAUAAAGCUCAACUGAAAAAGAUUCCACCUUCUGUGAAUACUGAAGCUGAAUGUUGGACAAAUUUUCAAUCGAUGAUCAAUGCUUAUCGGGAAAGUAUCCAUGAUAAUGUGAAAGGCGAGUAUGAUCAGGUUGCAUCAAUGGAAGUGACCGAAUUACCUAUCACAUGCACAGAUGUGGAUGCUGCUUCUAACGAUAACAUCGAUUCGGAUGCACAAGACGAUGAAUGUGAAGAAGAAGAGUCGUUAGCCGAGGAAAACGACGAAGACCAUAUCGCUUAUCAUAUUUAUCAAUUACAACGUAAAUUCCAAAAUGAAUGUCGACAAAGUUUCCCGGAUUUUUUUUCAAGUAAAUAUCAUAAAAUCGUACUUCGUGAAAUUGAUCGAACAGCUGGUGUUUCUUUACCAAAUUUUCCCAGUUACCAAAUUAUUGUAGGACUCUUCCGAAAAGAAUUACAGAAAUUGCCUCAUUGCUGUCAUGCAUUGGUCAAGCAGAUGCAUGAGUACAUGUCCCAAUGUUUGCUACAAUUAUUCGAACAGGCUUUCAAUAACGAUUAUCCUCGUCUGAAAGAACGUCUAAAAGAAAUUAUCAUCAAAAGACUCGAUGAUGUACAAGAAGUCUUAAUGGAACGUGUCAAUGGAAUACUGGAUAUGGAAAAACGUGUAUUUACACUGAAUCAUUACUAUAUGGACACUGUGAACAAGUUCAAAGAAAAGGACAAAAAGAAAAAUGAUGCUCAUGGCGGAACAAAUGCUCUUUCAGCUUCUUUAAGUCCAAACCCAGCCUCAACUGCGAUUGCUAAAAAAUCUCCUGGCACAGUUGCUUAUGCAUCUAUGUCCAAUGAAGCUCAAGCUGCACAAGAUAUUCAAAUUGCAUUACAUGCUUACUCAAAGGUAAAAUAUUCUAUUUGGUUCUUGAUAGAUAUCUAA